AUGUCGCCUCCGAAUCAUCGUCAAUUCUUCUCACGUUUACUGUCUCGGUUAACAAAUACCAAUCACGAAAAUCCAAUUAGAAAAAAACAUGAACGUAAUUAUGCGUCUGCACUAUGCAGCAUGUUCGCUGUUGCGACAUUGGCUGUCAGUCUAUCGGAUUACCGUUGGUUUUGGCUAUUAUUCGUUCUUCGGGCACCGAUUCCUUGGGAUCCAUCAGCGCCAAUGAAUGAUAUUUAUCAAUUUAAACCGAAUGAUUAUAUGGAAUUGACUGGAUGUAUUGACACGCAUUCGAUAUUGAUACUUCGAUUGAUGAUUACAUUCAUUUGUUUGGCAAUUGUUUCGUCAACGAUUGGAUUUUUGCUUGAUGCACUCGGACCAAUGAGAUAUGGAUUAAAAUUUAUGAGACGUCAUGCGUUCUGGCAUAUUUUAUCCGUCGUUCUGUGUACAAUUGUCAUUGGCCUUAGUUUCUACGCGUCGGAAUUGAUCUACAAAAUUCAAGAUCGAACUCGUUUGAAAAUUGGCAAAAAGAUCGAAGUGCAAUUUGAUAUUGCAUACUAUCUCAUAGUGAUAGCCAAUGGUCUUUUACUACUGGCGAUAUCUUGUACACUGCUUCGAAAAUAUCCAACAGAUGAUGAAGAACACUUCGAACGAUAUAAGCGAAAGACUAUGUUAAUUGAUGAUUGGUCACGCCGUGAACAACCAUUGUUCAUCGAAAGGUCAUUACCCGCAACAGUUUCAACCAUUCCGACGAAUAAUGAACCCCCGCCGGAGUACUGUUCAGAGGAGGAUUUUCUUGUUGUAUAA